AUGUGCGAGGGUAUCGAGGAACGAGAGCAUCAGCAGCGAUUGAAAGAGACCCUCAAUGGGCAGAAUGAGAUCAUCCGCGACCAACAAGAGAUAAUCCGAAAACAAAAAGAAGAGGCAGAGAAGCAGGAGAAGACCAACCAGGAACUCAUCCUUCAAUGGGAAGACAUCAAGCAGCAGAUGAGAGAUCAACUUAAGCAUGUCCAACAACAACUCGAAGCCACCAUCGUGGGAUCAGCGGUUACCCCGCCCAGCACUUUCGCCGAGGUCGCGCGUUCAUCGCCGUCGCCACAACACAAUACCGUCCGAUCGGUUUCGUCCGGUAGCACUGCGGCAUCCAAUGCAAACGAGCUUUUCUGCAUGAUUGACACUUCACGAGCCAUUGAAAGUGAGGUCAGGACAAAGGAAGGCCAGGCGACCUGGAGGGAUGAAGUUGAGCUACAACGAGUCAAGGAAGCUGCGCAGAAAACGGCGGUGACUGGAGCUCGAGUGAUGAGAGAUCAGCUUUACCCAGUCAAAGUCGAUAACGUCAAUCGAACCGCGAUCCUCGACGGAGAAGGCAACAUCUUACAAGGUGCAGCCGAGGCUCUCGGCGCCGAAAAUAAUGUCUCAAUCGGCAAGAUCACCUGGCUGAGCAACAAAGAAACAAGCAAAGCAUACGGGUCUAUGGUAGUCUAUGUGACGAAAAAGAACGAUGCGAAGAAGCUUUUGGAUGGCAAGUACUUUGAUCUGGCCGGAGAGUCGGCGUGCACCAAUCCCUUCGAACCCCGCAAGGGACCGAUGCAGUGCUUCAACUGUCAAGAAAUGGGUCAUAAAGCCUUCAGGUGCAAGAAACCUCAGCUCAAUGUGCGAAAACGGGAACCAGUACAACAGAGUUUGAUGAAUGACGAGGACCUCAAGGAUUACGGAGUGCUGGCGGUCUCCGAACCGUACGCCAGGAUGAUCGACGGCAAGGUGGUGACAAGCCCCAGGAUGCACAGCAACUGGACGAGAAUAUUGCCAACGCACAUGAGCGACGGCCCCUGGCCGAUCCGUAGUAUGCUUUGGGUGCGAGACGACGUCGAAGUGGUGCAGAUGCCGAUGCCAUCAGCGGAUCUCACGGCAGCGGUGCUUCGACUGCCGGAGAGGAGCGUCCUGGUGGUAUCGGUCUACGUGGAAGGGCAAAGCACAGAAGCGCUGAAGAGCACUACUGGGCUAUUGCAUGACUUGAUCCAAAGAUUCCGUCAAGGCUCUGAUCAGGAAAGCACCAUCGAUUUGGUGUUGACGACGUCAGAGUUGGCAGACGAAGUGGCAACAUGCGCCAUCCAUCCGACCGAUCAUGGCUCAGACCAUAGAGCUAUUCAGACGACUUUUGACAUCACGAUGCCCGAGAGAAGUGCGAGGCCAAGACUCCUGUUUAAGAAUGCCCCUUGGAAUCUCAUACGAACCCGGGUGAAAGACAAUCUGCGACUCUUGCCUUGGGCUGUCGACGUUCAAACCCAGACGGAUCAACUGAUGCGGAUCGUCCUGGAGGCUAUCCACGAACUGACGCCUCGGGCACGGCCGUCACCGUACGCAAAACGUUGGUGGACCAAGGAUCUCACACAACUUCGGCGGACACACACGUUCUGGCGAAACCAAGCGAGGACGCAACGACGAGGAGGCCAACCGCGACCGGACCUCGAACGGCGGGCCAAAGAAGCGGCGAAAGAGUUCCACGAUGCCAUUCGACACCAGAGGAAGGCGCAUUGGGAUGACUUCCUCUCCGACGAUGCCAACAUCUGGAAGGCGACUAAAUAUCUUAAAGCCGGCAAGAGCACUACGGGCGACAAGGUGCCACCUUUGAGGAAAGGGGAUGGAUCGACGACCGAGGAUAAAGCAGACCAGGCAGACGAGCUGCUCAUUGCCUUCUUUCCACCCUUGCCUGCGAGAAUCGAGGAUGAGGGGGUGCGACCACAGCGGAAAGCGGUGCCCAUGCCCGGACUGACAUUGGGAGAGAUCGAGGAAAAGGUCAUGACAGCGAAACCGUGGAAAGCACCUGGAGAAGAUGAGCUUCCGACAGCGGUGUGGAGACAACUCUGGCCGGUGACAAAGGAUCGGAUAUUUGCUCUCUUCGAUGCAUCUCUCCGAGACGGCGUUGUACCUCGCCAAUGGAAAAGCGCGAAAAUUGUCCCACUGAAGAAGCCACACAAAGACGACUACACGGUAGCCAAGGCGUGGCGACCAAUCUCGCUUUUGUCGACGCUUGCGAGAAAGCGACGAUCUGCCGAGCAGGCGCUAUUGCUGCUACAGGAACAAGCUUACAAGGCUUGGCGCAACCACAAGGUGCUUAGCCUGAUCAGUUUUGACGUCAAGGGCGCCUACAAUGGAGUUUGCAAGGAUAGACUGCUCGAGAGGAUGAAGGCGAGAGGGAUACCAGCCAAACUGAGAAGGAUCAAGGCGGAAAGCGGCUCGAUUGCGUUCGUCGACGACUACUCGGCCUGGGUAACCGGGCCCACUGCGGAAGCGAACCGGGAGGGUAUCCAAGCGAUCAUCGACGAUGCACUUGAGUGGGAAGUGCGCAGCGGCCAAGAGGACCACAUGAUGAAAGCGGCUGCCAGUGGACUUAGCGCCGCAAUGGGCCUGAGAAGGCUGAAGGGCCCCCUUUCCGCUCCCUGUGCCCGAUUUUUAGUCUCCCUGUGCACCUUACCGUACUUGGCAAGACUCCACACGUAG